AUGACAUCGUCAUCAUCCACAACCAUAAAAGACAAGCCGUUUGGAGCUUGGGAGUCUCCCAUUACCAGUCAAUCCAUCACGGCUGGUUCCGUCCGUCUGGGUGGCUUGACAUUUCACGACCAAACCCUAUAUUGGUUGGAAGGACGUCCCCAAGAAGGGGGGCGUCAAGUCUUGUGUUCUGACAAAGGCGACGUCUUGCCCAAAGACUCCAAUGCACGCACACGCGUCCACGAAUAUGGAGGAGCUGCUGUGACCAUGGCCAAAGACAAAGUGUACUUUUCGGAGUUUGCCACUCAGCAAUUGUGUUGUUUGGAGUCAGACAAGAAGGUGGAACCCAUGACCCCGGAUGGGAAUCGUUAUCGAUUCGCGGAUGGUGUCUACGAUGAAACCACGAAUCAAAUAUUUUGCGUCCGAGAAGAUCAUUUGGUGGAUGGUAAGGCAACCCCCCAACAAGUAGUCAAUGAAAUUGUUUCUAUCCAAUUGGAUGGCUCUAUGGAAAUGAAGGUCUUGGCCACGGGCAAUGACUUUUAUGCCGCACCUCGGCUAUCACCCGACGGCACCAAAUUGGCUUACAUCACUUGGAAUCAUCCCAACAUGCCCUGGGACGCUACGGAAUUGCGACUUAUGGAUUUGAAUCGAAACGGCGAUAGCACUUUGUCUCAUCUUCUCUUGGCAGGAAGUGACAAGAACACCUCCAUUAUGCAACCCAAAUGGCAUCCACAAACCGGAGACUUGUACUACAUUUCGGAUCAAUCUGGAUUUUACAAUAUUUACCGUACCACCAGCGUGGAAACCAACACUGUUAUGGAUGAAAAGAAGGAUCCCAUUUUGCCCAUGGAGGUUGAUUUUGGAGGGGCGGCUCCCGGUUGGGGCUUGGGACAACAAGGAUUUACAUUCUUGGCGGAUGGUCGCUUGAUUGCCCAAUACACCAGAGAUGGCGAAUCAGUACUCUUGGUAGCCGAAGUGCCCGAGGACGGCAUAGUUACCAACCUGGUCAAGUUUCGUACCGAGGAUGGUCUUCCCAUGCAAUUUGGUGGCGUUGUGGUGGACGGCACGGCUGAUCCAUCCUCCCCCGAAGCUCUUGACGUUUACUUUUUGGGUGGAUCACCCUCGACUCCCAGUUCCAUUUACAAGUGGAAUCUAGAAACCAAGGGACCUGCGGAAAUUUUGAAAAAGUCGUCCACCUUGUCCUUUGACGAAUCGGUCAUUUCCGUCCCCCAACAAGUGGAAUUCCCCACCACUUUGGGCAAGGCAUAUGGUUACUAUUAUCCACCCAAAAAUGGAGACUAUCAAUGCACAACCGAAAAGGCGCCACCUCUCUUGGUCAAGGCACAUGGUGGACCAACGGCUUGUACUGGAACCUCCUUCAAUGCUGGAAUCCAAUUUUGGACUUCGCGUGGCUUUGCCGUCUUGGAUGUUGACUACGGUGGUUCCACUGGAUACGGAAGAGAUUAUCGACGACGAUUGCGUGGAUCUUGGGGCAUUGUCGACAUUGACGAUGUCUGCAAUGGAGCUACACAUUUGGUCAAGGAGGGUCUCGCGGAUGGGGAUCGUCUCUGCAUUGAUGGUGGCAGUGCGGGUGGCUAUACCACUUUGGGCGCCCUCGCAUUCAAAGAUGUCUUCAAGGCUGGAUGUUCCUUGUACGGAGUUGGUGAUUUGACUGCCUUGGCGGGAGAUACCCACAAGUUUGAAUCGCGCUAUUUGGAUGGUUUGGUUGGUCCGUACCCUGAAGACGAAGCUAUCUACAAGGAGCGCUCGCCAAUUGAAAGUGCCGACAAGCUCUCUUGCCCCGUUCUUCUCUUGCAAGGAUCCGAAGAUAAGAUUGUCCCACCCAAUCAAGCUGAAAUGAUGCACAAGGCCUUGUUGGAAAAGGGCAUCCCCACUUGCCUCAAGAUUUAUGAGGGCGAGCAACACGGCUUCCGAAAGGCAGAAAACAUUGAAGAUGCCCUGGAUAGCGAACUUGCCUUCUACGGCAAGGUCUUUGGUAUUGACGUGCCUGGUGCUGUAGAUAUCAAGAUUGAUAAUAUGAAAUAA